ACGAGGUCAAGUUGCCAACUGAAAGUCAGGCACCGCGAACGCAAAUAAUCGAGUUGUGUACCCUUGUUUAUCUUCUGGGAAUGGCUUCGUUUCUAGCCCUCUUCUGUGUGAUACUUGUAGCCGUUUUAGUCAAAGUAUUCCUGGUCGAUCGUGGAGUGAACUCAAAUAUUCUUCAAUCAACUGUCAAACUUAAUGGGACAUACGAUUAUAUUAUUGUCGGUGGCGGUACAGCCGGAUGUGUGCUUGCUGGUCGUCUGUCAGAAGAUCCAGAUGUAACAGUGCUGCUGCUGGAAGCUGGACCAGACGACACCGGGAAUACAUUGAUCAAUAUACCACUUUUGGCUGGCUUAAUAUGGAGGACUCCCCUGGAUUGGGAGUAUUACUCGGAAGCUUCAAGUGAGACCAUGAAACAAUUGCGCAAUGGAAGAUCUUACUGGCCGAGAGGCAAAGUUUUGGGAGGCACGGGCAACAUAAACGCCAUGCAGUAUGUCCGAGGUUCCAGACACGACUACGACAGGUGGGCCCAAUACCUGGGAACUGACCAGUGGGAUUACAGACACGUCCUGCCGUACUUUCAAAAGUCGGAACACAUUCAGAUCUCAAAUCUCAAGGAUUCAGAUUACCACGGACGUGAUGGACAGGUCACAGUAAACUACAUUGACAGUCAACCAAUCGUCGAGAAGCUGAUAGAGGCGGGGGAAACUAUUGGCUACCCAUACAAUGAAGAUUACAAUGGCAGAAUUCAAGAAGGCAUUUCCCGCUCACAAGUUAAUUCUAGGAAUGGUCAGCGAUGGUCAACGAGUCACGCUUUUGUCCAUGCAGCAAAUGACAGAGAUAAUCUUCACGUUGCUGUUGACUCUCACGUGGUUAAGGUGCUCAUAGAAAACAAACAGGCCAAAGGUGUCGCUGUGAUCAGAAAUGGCCGAAAAGAAAUCCUCCUGGCCAAUAAAGAAGUGAUUCUAUCAGCUGGGGCCAUUGGGUCUCCACAGCUGCUUAUGUUAUCUGGUAUAGGACCCAAGAAACAUCUGGACAGUUUAGGGAUACCUGUUGUUUCCAACCUUUCAGUUGGUGAAAACUUGCAAGAUCAUAUUAUGAUAGAUGUUGGUAUCCAGAUCCACGAGCCACUGAGCCAGUCAGCAGAUGGAUUAUCCAGCCUCUUGCCAUAUCUUCAAUACCGAUUGUUUGGUACAGGUCCUUUCAGUUCCCCGUUUUUGUUGGAGGUUACAGCUUUUAAAAGUACUACAAGGGAAGUAAGAGAAACUUCUUGGCCUGACCUCCAACUUCACUUCUCCAGUUUAUUAAAAGUUCAUUUUAAUUAUAAAGAGGAGGUGAGAGCUCAACUGGAGGAAAGCCGAAAAGCCAAAUAUGGCUUGAUAUGUUUACCAAUUCUACUACACCCAGAAAGUCGAGGGAAGAUAACUCUACGUUCACAAGAUCCUUUUGAUUAUCCUCUCAUCGAUGCCAACUAUUUGAGUAAGCAGGAAGAUGUAGAGACUUUGAUAAGAGGAAUACAAGAAUGUGAAAAAUUUGUUGACACUGACAUUAUGAGAAGCGUUGGAGCGGAGCUUACAGAGACGAAACCAGUGUGGCCUUGUGAUGAGCACCGGUUUAAAUCCCACGAGUACUGGCAGUGCUUGGUCAAGCAAGGACCGAUGACUACCUACCAUCCCGUUGGCACUUGCAAAAUGGGGCCCUCCGGUGACCCAACAGCUGUAGUGGAUGCCAACCUAAGGGUGUACGGUAUAUCCAAUGUACGUGUAGUGGAUGCCUCAAUCAUGCCAUGGAUCGUUUCAGGAAAUACCAACGCCCCAACAAUCAUGAUUGCUGAAAAGGCAGCGGAUUUAAUAAGAGGAAAAGCUCCGUUAGAAGCUUUAAGUCUAUAAUCGUAUAUAUAAUCUUAUAUAUUCUUAAUAAAAAAAUUAUCCACAAACUUAGCUGUCAUUAUAUUGUUGUAUUCUCCAUUAGAUCUGUCGUGUAAAUAGAGUAUCAUUAGAGAUUGUAAAUUCUUUUAAAAGUAAACACACACCCAUCUUACCUGUGGUAAUGUGGUAACCUGGUUACUGUGUAAAACAGUCAGUGCGUUGACUCCCUCUUUUAUAUAUAUGAAAAGUUCUUUUCAAAGCCAACACACACACACACAAACAAAUUCUUCAGGCAGAGGCGUAGCUAGGGAUUUGGGGGUCGGUGGUUGGGCUUGAGCUCUUUAGGGGCCCCUGCAAUUUUGACAUUCGACAUCAUGACAUGAAAUGAUGGCGUAAUAUUUAAUAUUCAGUGUAAAAACAUUUUUGGACACUCAUUCGGGAGACCCCUCAAUUGUAAGCCGGGGGCGGGGUGAAUUUCAAAUUUGGACACCCGCUCCACCUACCCUAGCUACAAAGCUGCUUUCAGGUACCUUUUCGAUAUCUGACCAGUUGUAAUUGCAGACUUGUUUACGGGGGAAAAAAACGUGAAGACUAAAUCUAAACAGAAUCUCAUAGAAAAACGAAAGAGAUAGUUUACUCUAUAGUGGAUUUUUCACCCUAAACAUUAAUGACAGUGAUCCAGAGGCGUAAUUUCUUUCGAGUGACGCACUAUCGUUCAGUUGAGGCUUUUUACACCACACGAAAAUGCUUAGCUGGUCGCGUGGCAUGUGCGCUGGACUAUCGUCGGGUGGUCUCGAUGGCCCUACGUUCAAACUCUGCCCUGCUAUCCACCAUCUUCC